AAUUGCAGGCCGGAUUCCCACGAAUGCGGCAAUAAGAGCAGAGAUUUCAUUCGGGGCCGCCAGGUCAAAAUGGGGAAUGUGACUUCCAGCGUGGCCGCAAAGUUCGCAUUUUUCCCACCCGACCCUCCGACGUACGAUGUUUCAAGGGACGAAGACGGCCGGCUGUGCUUCAGCGGCGCGACGGCAGACCAGAACGUGGACGUGCAUUUGCUGGAAACGAAAGGCGGGAACAAGAUCGUGGCCACCUUCUGGAAGCACCCUUUCGCUAGGUUCACGCUUCUGUACUCCCAUGGCAACGCCGCAGAUUUGGGUCAGAUGCAGGGCCUCUUCCUUGAGCUCAGAGCCCACCUCCGUGUCAAUAUCAUGAGCUACGAUUAUUCGGGAUAUGGUGGAUCUUCUGGUAAGCCAUCUGAGCUCAACACAUACAAUGACAUAGAAGCAGUCUACAAAUGUUUGAAGAGCGAAUAUGGGAUCAAGCAGGAGGAUCUGAUUCUUUAUGGCCAGUCCGUUGGUAGCGGGCCCACGUUACACCUGGCAUCACGAUUGCAGAGGCUGAGAGCUCUUGUUCUUCACAGUGCCAUUCUUUCUGGAAUUCGCGUCUUAUAUCCUGUCAAGAUGACAUUCUGGUUCGACAUCUUUAAAAACAUAGACAAAAUACGGAAAGUCAGCUGCCCGGUUUUGGUCAUCCAUGGCACAGCGGAUGAAAUUGUGGACUUCUCCCACGGGAAGCGUUUGUGGGAGCUUUCACAAGAGAAAUACGAUCCGCUGUGGGUGCAGGGGGGAGGCCAUUGUAACCUGGAGACUUACCCAGAUUUCAUCACUCACUUGCGCAAAUUCUUGAACGCAAUGGAGAAGCACUCCUUUGUUCAUAUGAAGGAGCAAAGCAAACCGCGCCUUUCUCAGGCCUCCCAGAGCGUCCCCGACUCCAAAAACAACAAGUGCUUGAGAUUUGGAAAAAGAUGAUGAAUUAAUAACUUCUGGAAACCCCU